AUGGACUCUCCAACCAUCCACACCGCGCUCUUUCCGUCGACCGAGCUGCGAUCUCAACUACGGCUAUCGGACCUGACACGGAUGAUUGAUGGAAGCUAUCUCGUUAGCUAUAUCAACAAAAUCGAAUUUUCCAACAACAAAAUUCGAGUCAGAGCGAGUUCUGAGUUUUCCGAGGAACUGGAGCGAACCAGCUUCACUGUGGUUGCAUUCAACACUUCCGGCCCGGACGAAAAACUCGAUGUCAUCGGGGCUGCAAGCAUGAAGCAAUGA